AGCAUGCCAGCAAAGGGAGAGGACAGAACAACAAAGUGGGCCGCUGAAAAGUGAAUCGGUUUUCUGAAAAAAGAAGAAGAAACAAACAAACAAACAGCCCGUCCUUGAUUUUUCUCGGCAGAGGAACAAAGCCGUAGGACUCUGACCUUGCUGUGCAAACAAGGGGCAACACAGGUCUGCUGGGGCUGGAGACUGGAUUUAGAACAUUUCUGCUGGUGGAGUGGGUCAAGAAUUUGGGGGGAACUGCUCAGAAAGGAAGAAUCAGCAUGGAGGCUUUGGAAAAUUUGGUGCCAGAUCCCAGGUUUCCACCUGAACUGGUCCAUCUGUUGAUCUCCAAUUUUAGCAUCCCAGCCGCUUGCUUUUCCCAUCCGCCAAGGGCUCUGCAGUUACUCCAACAGCAGAACAUUGUGGACCUCGCCAUUCUUGGCAUGGUGACCUUCCUUACCUUCCUGUCCAUCGUCAUCUUCACAGAAGAUGCCCUAUAUCUUUCUAAGAAGGUCCGCUGUUUUGUCAAGAUGAAAACCCUCAUCUGGAGCAGCUCAGGACCUACUGUCGUUUCUGUCUUUUGCCUUGUGGGACUCUGGGUCCCUCGGUCCAUGUCGGUGGUAGAAAUGGCCAUUACCUCGUACUUUGCUGUCUGCUUCUACCUGAUGACGCUGGUCAUGGUGGAAGGGCUUGGGGGGAAGGCGGCCGUGCUCAAGGCCUUGAAGGACACCCCUGUGAGGAUCAGCACUGGACCAUGCUGCUGUUGUUGCCCUUGUUGCCCUCACAUCACAAUGACCAAACAAAAACUUAGACUUCUGAUCCUGGGCACUUUUCAGUAUGCCUUCCUUCGGGGUUUCUGUGCCUUUCUUGGGCUUGUUUUGACCACAGAAGGACUGUAUGACACAGCUGAUAUCUCAGAAUACAGCGUGGCUCUCUGGAUAAACACUACCCUUGGUGUCUCCACUCUCUUUGGGCUCUGGGCCUUGGCCAUACUGUUUCGCGCCGUGAGAACACACAUGGCUGAGCAGAAUGUCGGGGCCAAAUUUGCUUGCUUCCAGCUCCUCCUCUACAGCCAGCCUGUGGAUAAUCUAACUUUAAUAGCCUAUAUCCGUGCCUGACAUUGGAGUGCCAGA